AUGUUUCUCUCUAUUCUUACUGUGGUACUUCUGACCGCAUGUCAGACAUUCGCUCAAACAUACCAACUACAUCCUGCAAUCGGAUCUGGCUUAACCAACGCAUCGUCUGAAUGUACCACCGCAUUCAGCACAAACGUUACCUGCCACAACCUCAUAGGACAGCUCUAUGCAGAUCCAUUUUUCACAGCUAGUGAUGACACGGCGCUCAAUAAGCUCUGCCAGGCCAAAUGUCUUACUUCCUUGACCAAGCUUCGCGACGACGUGAAAAGUGCUUGCGUUGGUGCUCAGUACUAUGAUGAGUACGAGGAUACUUACUGGGUACCAACAUAUCCAGAUGAAUUCAUCUUGUAUGCGUACAACAUGGCUUGUUUGAAGCGGAGCACCGGGCAGUUCUGCAACACAUACCUCAAAGGCCUCACCACGGACACAGAAUGUGAUGAAUGCAUCAUCAGGUCGUUCCAGAUGCAGGUCAACUCCCCGUUCGCGGUAGAUCCAGGAAUGCGAGACAAUUAUGCAUCGUUGACCAAGUCAUGUCAAGCGACUGGAUAUCCUACUAGCAUCGCUACGUCCUUGUUGAUUAGUUCUUCGCUCCCGACCGCCACAUGCAGCGGCACUACGUACACUAUCAAGCCAACCGAUACUUUCAAGUCUGUACCUCUAGCACAAUCAGUGUCCACUGAGCAACUGCUCAACUCGAAUGGUCUACCUUACAAUGCCACUAUUUUCCCAAAGUCGGGCGAACUAUGCAUCUCCAACAAGUGCAAAACUUACGUCUUGGCCGAGGGUGAUACGUGCGACUCGAUAGCGAAGAAGGCUAGUAUCUCGCCCGUUCAGUUCAAAGCCUGGAAUGCAAACGUCAACCAACUCUGCAGUAACUUGGGACGUUUCAUUGGCGAUACCUUUUGCAUCAGUAACCCUUACGGAGACUUUUCGAUACCUGAUCAACCGAUCGUAACUGCUGUCCCGACGCCUGUACCUGCUCCAUCAGACAUUGCGCCGAAUGUCACAUCGCGAUGUGGUCAAUUUUACAGAGUCGGUGCAGGCGACGAUUGCUCGACGGUGACAUUGAAGUUCAACAUAUUACUCAAAGACUUCUACUUUCUCAAUCCCUUCAUCGAUGUCAGCUGUUCUAACCUCUGGCUUAAUGCGUCGUACUGCGUACAACCGGUCGGCGAAAUAACCACAUACCCUGGAUACGGCGGCUCGACAACGGUCACGCUGCCGCCAUUCACGGCAGGUCCAAAGACGUCGUUGUCGCCCAAUCCAGACCCAGUCGCUCCUCCGGAGCAAACAAUCAUUCCAAUGGCGAACGAUACUCGCGUAGAUUGUUAUACCUACAUGUGGCUCAACGACACUUCGACGGAGUCAACAGAUUGCUGGAGUAUCGCAGCUGCUAUCGGCAUUGAACGCGAGGAAUUUGCGCUCUGGAACCCCUCGCUCGAUCAAAACCCAGUCAAUGCUGACAAUGUGACCUACGACUAUCCUUGCUCGGCCCAAGUCAGUGUGUCGUAUUGUGUUGGAAUCGCACGUCCAACUCCGGUUUGGGACGAAAAACCUGUCGCAAUCAAACCACCAACUCCUCGAGCGUCCGGCGAGAUAGAAGGAUGUAUAUACUGGCAAGAAGUCUUUGAAGGAGACACUUGCGCAGCAUAUCUACCCAGCUCGCUGAGUGUAGCUGACUUCUUCAAAAUGAACCCCACGGUGGGAAAAGAUUGUACCGGUCUCAACGUGGGCACUAAGUAUUGCCUUUCUACGCUAGAGAUUGGCAUAUUCGCUGAAUCCGAGGGUGACGCUUCUCCAAGUCCGACUUCAACAAAAGUACCUAUCGGUAGCGGUACGCCGACGCCGAUCCAAGAUGGCAUGGCCGCCGGCUGCACCAAAUUCUACAAGGUGAUUUCAGGAGACGGCUGCUGGGCCAUUUCCAACGCAAACUCCAUUGCACUAACGGACUUCUACGCCUGGAACCCCGCAGUAGGGUCCGACUGCCAAACCUUGCAGCCAGAUUACUACGUAUGUGUGGGACGUGCCCCGGUCACAACAUCAGCGCCGGCGACCAAGACAACAUCCACGGGAUUGCCGCUGCGGGCAUACCUUCCAACUGCAACAAGUGGGUGUUGCAGAAAGCUGGCAUUUAUUGUUACGACAUGGCGGCUGCGGCAGGCAUCUCGUUGGAUCGUCUCUACCAGCUGA